ACCCCCUCCCAGCCACAAGAACAAAUCACCUUGUUAAAAGAAUCAAGCUUUGCGUUGGUAACACAAAUACAUACUUGCUCUACUUUUUCUUUUUUAGAUCCCAUUCAAAGCUUCCCCACUCUCUACUCUCGAUAAAGCCAACCAAAGUUUCCCCCUAGCUUCCUCACACUUCCUCUCUUGCUCAAAAAAAAAUGGGGUUUUUUUUCUGGGUUCUCUUCGCAGGUUUCUUCUUUACAGCUCCAUUUGUUGGCUGCUCUCGAAGCUUGCCGCAGAGCCACCUGCCGACGACGGUUCUUGAUGUUGCUGAAGCACUUGAGAAAACCAGAAAUGUCUUCUCAUUUGACCCCACAAAGAAACCAGCGUUUAGCCCAGUAGACCAAAGCCUCUCGGCUUCAUCUUCCUCUUUGCUUUCCCUUCAGGUUUAUUCGAGAGCUUCUGUUCAUAAAAGCUCCCACCUUGAUUACAAGUCAUUAACUUUAUCACGACUCAAGCGUGACUCGGGCCGAGUCAGAUCACUCACCACUCGGUUAGAUCUGGCUGUCAAUGGCAUUUCAAGGUCGGAUCUUGAACCGCUUGAUAUUGGGUCGGAGUUCAGCGCAGAGGAAAUGGAAGGUCCGAUUGUGUCGGGUUCGAGCCAAGGCAGUGGUGAGUACUUUUCCCGAGUUGGAAUCGGGAAACCACCGAGUCAAGUCUAUAUGGUACUCGACACCGGCAGUGACGUCAACUGGGUACAAUGCGCUCCCUGUGCCGAUUGUUACCAACAAGCCGACCCAAUUUUCGAGCCGUCUUCAUCGUCUACUUACUCGCCUCUGUCUUGCGAAACUCAACAAUGCAAGUACCUUGACACGUCCGAAUGUCGAAACGACACCUGUCUCUACGAGGUUUCCUACGGUGACGGCUCUUACACCGUCGGUGACUUCGUCACAGAAACCAUCACCCUCGGCUCGGCUUCUGUGGAUAAUGUAGCCAUCGGUUGCGGCCAUAAUAACGAAGGCUUGUUCGUUGGGGCGGCUGGCUUACUUGGUCUCGGCGGCGGCCCGCUAUCCUUUUCUUCUCAGCUUAAUGCAAGUAGUUUCUCUUACUGUCUGGUAGAUCGUGAUUCUGACUCAGCGUCGACUCUCGAAUUCGACUCGGCUCUCCCACCCAACGCUGUUAAAGCUCCGCUGCUUCGUAAUCACCAAUUGGACACGUUUUAUUAUCUCGGUUUAACCGGAAUCAGUGUGGGUGGCGAGUUGCUUCCGAUUCCUCAGUCAGCUUUCCAAAUGGACGAGUCAGGUAAUGGCGGGACUAUCAUCGACUCGGGGACCGCCGUGACUCGGUUGCAGAGCGACACCUACGAUAUUCUCCGUGACGCCUUCGUUAAGGGGACAAAGAACCUGCCGUCAACAGAUAGCGUAGCGUUGUUUGACACGUGUUACGAUUUGUCGAAGAGGAGCAGCGUGGAUGUGCCGACGGUGUCGUUUCAUUUCCCCGAAGGACAAGUAUUACCGUUACCGGCUAAGAAUUACCUGAUACCGGUCGACUCCGAGGGAACCUUCUGCUUCGCGUUUGCGCCAACGUCCUCGUCGCUAUCAAUCAUUGGGAACGUGCAGCAACAGGGAACACGUGUCGGUUUCGAUCUCGGUAACUCCCUCGUAGAAUUCGUGCCCGACAAAUGUUAAAAAAAAAAUUAAACGGGAAAACCUUUUUAACUUUUUGACCAUUUCUUUUUUUACUGUUUUCACCUUGGUGAAAAGGUAACUUUUACCGUUUGGGAAAUCGGCGUGGGCCCAUUUCACAUAUAUUCAAUAAUUGUCAAGAUUUUAGCCAUCUAGUGUCGUGAUGAGGUGGGACCAGGCAAGCGGUGACGGUGUCUGUUUAUAGUAAAUUAAUUGGAUGUACGAGGGGAACAGUGGACAGACCUUGGAGGAUUAAAAGAGUAUGUUGACAGUAUUACCGUUACAAAUAGUUUUUUUUUUAUUUAAUCAAAGAUAAUUUAGUAUGGGUCUCACUGCUUGCA